AGAGUUGUCUAGCUGCUGGAAUUCCCGCCAAAGAAAACCCCCGACCACAACAUUUUCCCGGCAAAUCCCGCCAUCUUUAACUCUUAUGUUCUUCCCUUUUUUUUUACUCCCUUCCGCUUUCAAGACAAAAGUGAUCACACUUCACAUUUCCAACUUUUCCCCCUCUCGCCUCUCAUUUUUAUCAUUAUUCGGGAAAAAUGGCGCCGCCGCGUCGGCAGAGCAAUGGCAGAUCUCCGAUCGUUAAUCAACAGAGCCAAAUCACUUCCUUCUUCACUAGAAAGAACUCUACUUCCCUCUCUCAUUCUCCGACUCCCCCUCAUCUUGCCAAGCAGACCUCUAAACUCAACCCUAACCCUAAACGUAACCGCAGUCCAAGUACAAGUCCCAGCCCUACAACUCCGUCUCCUUUCGAAUCCAGGCUUAAAAAGCCUCUCCUAGUCAUUGGACAAUCACCUGCCCCGAGUCCUUCGUCGCUGAGCAACAAAACGUUUGGCAAUGAAGUGAUCGAGAAGAGGCUAAGGGUUCACUGGCCGUUGGAUAAGGAAUGGUACGAGGGCGUAGUGAAGUCUUUUGAUAAGAACACAGGAAAGCAUUUGAUUCUGUACGAUGAUGAUGAGGAAGAGGAGCUGGAUUUGGGGAAGGAGAAGAUUGAGUGGGUUGAAGAAACCGUAGGCAGGUUUAAGCGGUUGCGGCGUGGGGGUUCUUUGGUUUUUAAGAAAGUGGUGAUUGAAGAUAAGGACGAGGAUGUGGCGGAGAAUUUGAACGAAAAGAGUGACGAUAAUGAUGACGAUUCUAGUGAUGAAGAUUGAGGGAAAUUGGAAUCUGGUAAGAAGAGUAAGACCAGUGCAAAUGCUAGUAGUAAGGAAGAGUUUAAGGUAUGGUUGUCUGAACCAGUGAAGAAAAUUGAAAUUGAGAAGGCAUCUAGUGAUUUUGACAAGGUUUUGGUAGCUGAUGGAUUAGAAAGGUUUGGGAAGCGCGAAGCUGAGAAGUUGCACUUCUUUGGACCAAAGGUGCGUAGAGAUGCGAAUAGGAAGCGUCCUGGAGAUGUAAACUACAAUCCAAAAACUUUAUUCUUGCCUCCUGAUUUCUUGAGGAGCCUAUCAUGCGGCCAAAGGCAAUGGUGGGAAUUUAAGUCAAAACAUAUGGACAAAGUUCUAUUUUUCAAGAUGGGUAAAUUUUAUGAGCUUUUUGAAAUGGAUGCACAUAUAGGGGCAAAAGAACUGAAUUUGCAAUACAUGAAGGGGGAACAACCUCACUGUGGAUUUCCUGAGAGGAACUUCUCUAUGAAUGUGGAGAACUUAGCUCGGAAGGGUUAUCGAGUGCUUGUAGUAGAGCAAACAGAAACUCCUGAACAGCUGGAGCUUCGUCGGAAAGAGAAAGGUGCCAAGGAUAAGGUUGUCAAGCGUGAAAUAUGUUCUGUGGUUACUAAAGGAACCCUAACUGAAGGUGAAAUGCUGUCGGCAAAUCCUGACCCUUCUUACCUCUUGGCAGUGACCGAAAGUUGUCAAGGUUCAACAAACCAAAGUGAGAGGGUUUUUGGUGUAUGUGCCGUUGAUGUUGCAACCAGCAGGAUUAUUAUUGGACAGUUUGAGGAUGAUUCUGAGUGCAGUGCUUUGUGUUGUCUAUUGGCUGAGCUAAGACCAGUAGAAAUUAUAAAACCCACUAACCUGCUCAGCCUUGAAACUGAGAGGGCUAUGCUGAGACAUUUUAGAACUCCCUUAGUGAAUGACUUGGUCCCAUCUGCAGAAUUUUGGGAUGCAGACAAAACUAUUCAUGAAGUCAAAACCAUCUACAAGUGUGUUAAUGAUCAACGAGCUGCUAGAUCUAUUAAUGAUGUGGGCGCAGAUGCUUCUAAUUCUACCAAGGAUGAUGAGUUGAGCUGCCUGCCAGCUGUCCUUUGCAGUCUACUGAGUGCUGGUGCAAAUGGCAGCCUAGCGCUCUCAGCUCUUGGAGGCACUCUUUAUUACCUGAAACAGGCCUUUCUAGAUGUGACAUUGCUUAGAUUUGCUAAAUUUGAAUCACUUCCAUCCUCUGGAUUCAGUGGUGUUGCUCAAAAGCCUUACAUGCUUCUUGAUGCUGCUGCCCUUGAGAACCUUGAGAUCUUUGAAAACAGCCUAAAUGGAGAUUCUUCUAGGACACUCUAUGCUCAAUUGAAUCACUGUGUAACUGCAUUUGGGAAGAGGUUGCUAAGAACAUGGCUUGCUAGACCGUUAUAUCAUACUCAUUUAAUUAAGGAGCGGCAAGAUGCUGUAGCAGGCCUAAAGGGGGAAAAUCUAUCACAUGCCCUUGAGUUUCGAAAGGCAUUGUCCAGGCUUCCCGACAUGGAGAGGCUACUUGCACGUAUCUUUGCUAGCAGUGAGGCUAAUGGAAGAAAUGCAAAUAAAGUUGUUUUAUAUGAAGAUGCAGCAAAGAAGCUACUCCAGGAAUUCGUAUCAGCGCUGCGUGGCUGUGAACUAAUGGUCCAAGCAUGUUCUUCCCUUGGUUUUGUUCUGGAAGAUGUGGAAUCUACACUGCUUCAUCAUUUGUUAACCACUGGUAAAGGUCUUCCAAAUAUCCAUUAUAUUCUAAAGCAUUUCAAAGAUGCCUUUGAUUGGGUUGAUGCCAACAAUUCUGGACGUAUAAUACCUCAUAAAGGAGUUGAUCUGGAAUAUGACUCGGCAUGUGAAAGAGUUGAGGAGAUUGAAUCUAGUUUGGCAAAACACCUCAAGGAACUGCGGAAGUUACUUGGAGAUUCAUCCAUCACCUAUGUCACAGUUGGAAAAGAUGCAUAUCUAUUGGAAGUGCCAGAAAGCCUGCGUGGGAGUGUACCUCGAGAUUAUGAGUUACGUUCAUCCAAAAAGGGCUUUUUCCGUUAUUGGACUCCAUGUAUCAAAAAGUUCCUGGGAGAACUCUCGCUAGCUAAAUCUGAAAAGGAGACAGCUUUAAAGAACAUUCUCCAGAGGUUAAUUGUACAAUUCUGCGAAGAUCACAAUAAAUGGAGGCAACUAGUUUCAACAACAGCGGAACUGGAUGUACUGUUCAGUCUAGCAAUUGCAAGUGAUUUUUAUGAAGGGCCAACCUGUCGUCCUCGUAUCUUGGGCUCUUCAUGUUCAAAUGAAGUGCCAUGCCUUUCUGCAAAAGGUUUAGGACAUCCUAUUCUUACAAGUGAUUUUAUAGGCAAAGGUUCAUUUGUCCCCAAUGACAUCACUAUUGGUGGUACUGGUCAUGCAAGUUUUAUCCUUCUUACCGGUCCUAAUAUGGGUGGAAAGUCGACUCUUCUUCGCCAAGUUUGCUUGGCGACGAUUUUGGCCCAAGUCGGAGCUGAUGUCCCUGCAGAACAUUUUGAACUAUCUCCUGUUGACAAAAUCUUUGUUCGGAUGGGUGCCAAAGAUCAUAUUAUGGCAGGACAGAGUACAUUUUUAACUGAGCUUUCAGAAACUGCAUUAAUGCUGUCCUCAGCAACUCCACAUUCACUUGUGGCAUUAGAUGAACUUGGACGUGGAACAUCAACUUCUGAUGGACAAGCCAUUGCGGAAUCAGUUCUUGAACAUUUUGUACACAAGGUGCAGUGUCGAGGAAUGUUUUCAACACACUACCACCGUUUAGCUGUGGACUACCAAAACAAUUCCAAGGUCUCUCUCUGCCAUAUGGCAUGCCAAAUAGGAAAUGGAGUUGAAGGUGUUGAAGAAGUUACAUUUCUUUACAGGUUGACCUCUGGUGCCUGUCCAAAAAGUUAUGGUGUAAAUGUUGCUCGGAUAGCUGGGCUUCCUGACUCGGUGCUAAGAACAGCUGCGAGUAAGUCUAGAGAAUUCGAGACUGUAUACGGGAAACACAGAAGAAAGGGAAUGGAAGACAACUUGCCGAUGCAAAGAUGCCCGGAUAAGAUAGUGGUAGCUUUGAUUCGAGAAUUGAUAGGCCUAAGCACAAGUGAGGGCACAUGUAUUAGUUCCUUGAUUGAACUUCAACAGAGGGUAAGGAUGGUUCUGCAUCAACAAUGAUGGAAUCGUUUUUGGAUAUAGUGAUGUGAAUAUGAUUGUGACCGACUAGCGUCUAACAUUUUGUAAAGUGUUAGUUUGGUUAGCUGGAAAGGGUGAAAUUGGUUGACCAGC